AGUUUGUGUUUCAGUAGGACGUUAAUGAUUGGUGCACACCACAAAGCGGAAGAGGUCGCCUUCACGAGUUGCUGUUGUAACUCUCAGAAGACGCUAUUGUAGUCCUCUCUAGUGCACGUGGCCAAUGAGACAUCCAGCAGCUGAUUGGUCGUCAGGAAGAAUGUCCCCUCAGCCACAGGGUGGGAGCUCCACUUUAGAGCAGGUGGAGCGACAACCUAUCAAAGAGGAAGAGGAGGAGCCAGAGCCCCCUGUUAUUAAAGAUGAAGAAUUGGAGCCACAGCCCACCCACAUUAAAGAGGAAGAGGAGGAGCCACAGCCCCCCUAUGUGAAAGAGGAAGUGGAAGAACUCAUAAUCACUCAGGAGGAAGAGCAUCUUCUAGGACCAGAGGAGGUUGAUCUCACCAGGUUGCCACUGACCGGUGUCUCUGUGAAGACAGACGACCAUGAAGACAAACCACCUGAGUCCUCACAGCUUCAUCAUAGUCCAAGUGAGGAGAUGAGAGAGGCGGAGCCUUCAUGCAGCAGCUCACUGCAACACAUGACAACAGAAGCUGAUGGAGACCACUGUGGAGGAUCACAAGCAGACAACCUCUUAGCUCCACUGUCAGAUAGUGACGACGCAACGUCACACUCUCCUCAAGAUGAAGACAGCGACUACUACCAAGAACCUUUGAGCAGCGAUACAGACUGUGAAGGUGAUAUGACGACUCACACUGGCAACAAACACUCUGAAAGCUCGAAAAAGAAGACAGAUAAAAGUUUUAACUGCUCCGUUUGUCAUAAAAGAUUUUCCCGUAAGGGUAAUUUCGCUCAACACAUGAGAACACACACAGGAGAAAAACCUUUCAGUUGCUCAAUCUGCGACAAAUGUUUCACUCGAAAGACAACCAUGAAAAGACACAUGAGAACGCACACAGGCGAAAAACCUUUCAGUUGCUCUGACUGCGGUCGAAGCUUCACUCUAAAGGCUAACAUGCAGUUACACAUGCGAACACACACAGGAGAAAAACCUUUCAGGUGUUCACAUUGUGGUAAAAGCUUCACUUUAAAGACUUACAUGCAGUUACACAUGAGAAAACACACGGGAGAAAAACCUUUUAGUUGCUCCGACUGCGGCAAAGGCUUCACUCAAAAGCCAGCGUUGCAAUCACACUUGAGAACACACACAGGAGAAAAACCGUUUAGUUGCUCAGACUGCGAUAAGCGUUUCGCUCAAAAGACAACCAUGACAAGACACAUGAGGACCCACACAGGAGAAAAACCUUUUAGUUGCUCAGACUGCGGUAAGUCUUUCACUCAAAAGACUGCCAUGAAAAGACACAUGAGAAUGCACACUGGAGAAAAACCGUUCAGUUGCUCAGACUGUGGCAAACGCUUCACUUUGAAGACUAACAUGCAAUCACACAUGAGAACACAUGAAGGAGAAAAACUUUUUACUCAUUAGUAUUUUUUUUCCUUCAAUUGUAUGUAAUAAAAUGGAAUGAUUAUAUUAUUUAGUUGUAUUUCAUAUUGAUGAAUUGUUGACAAAUGAGUCACGUGUUUUAUUCUGAUUAUAAUUAUGAGCAACAAUUUAAAAGCGAAAUGACAAUAAGCCAAAAUUGUAUCGUGUCUGUGUUUAUUUUUCACUACUCGGUUCGGUCAGUAGAGGGCACUAUGUGCACUGCUUGAUUGUUUGGGGGCGUUACCGGAAAAAAGCAACAGUCGAGCUGGAUUCUGUGGAUUCGAACAAGUUUGAGCAUUGGAAUUUGAAUGCAUUGUCAAUAAAGUCCAAACAUGGCGCCGAUGUGUUGCGUCGUGAAGUGCCAGCAUCGUCCACACGAACAAUCGGGGAAUAAAAAGGAUGGGGUGAGAUGUUUCUCCUUUCCAACGUGGAAGCAAAGCCAAGGAGCUGUGAUCUGUGAGCUAACAAAGAGACGCCGAAUGGCCUGGAUAGCAGCCGUGAGACGACCAAACAUCACUUUCAACACCAUCACCCAAGACUUGGUGGUGUGUUCACGGCAUUUUCACACUGGUAAGUUUCAAUCAAAGCAUGUGUUUUGCUCUUUCACACCUAGCAUUUAGUAGGCCGCUAGCGUUAGCCAAG